GCCUCCCCCCAUUGAGCGACGCGUAAGAGGCGAAUUAGGUUUUCCAAUUAUCCGCCUCAACGAAGAAUCCUUCGUUUGUUCUGCGCUAGGGUUUUCAUCGCUAACUCGUUUCCUCUUCUGUUUUCGCAAAUCUCGAUCUCUCCUCUCUUUUUUCUUUCAAAUCUUCGCCGCGAAUCCCUUUCCAUAGUAGACACACGAUGUCUCGUUGCUUUCCUUACCCACCUCCUGGUUACGUGAGGAAGGUGGCUAGCACCGAGGCGGCCUUGAUCGAAUCGAUUAAGCUCCAAUCUGAAAGACAGAGCAAGAAUGAUAGAAAGAAUGAGAAACGUAGGCACAAGAAAGAGAAGAAAGAGAAGUCCAAGAACAAGAAAGAGAGAAGUAAGGACAAAAAACACAAAAGCAAAGAACGUAAAGAACAUAAGGGGAAAUCCUCCCGUAGCCAGGGCUUGAAUGAUCAAAAACACGACAAAUGCUUUAAAGAAGUCAAGGACCUAGAUGGAUCCAAAGUUGAAGCAGAACAAUUAGAAAGGAGUGGUCUCACUGAAGAGCAUGGACAACCUGUAUGGCCUCAAAGCCCUGCCUACUUGUCUGAUGGAACUCAGAUCGACCACAAGAGAAAAAGGGAAGCUGCAACACAGCCUGAUGAAGGUUGUAAGCCUGGUAAAAUCAUCCGAAUCAAACUUGCCUCGGCCUCUUCACUUAGCCAGCAAGAGGAUUCAUCAGCUGGCAGUGAACAGAUGUGUUCUACAUCUGGUCGCUAUAAUUCUGUUGAUCAAAAGACAGAUGGAGACAGUCAUGGAUCCAUAGCCAAUGCUGAAACAGCUGUCACUGUUUUUCCCACUUUGUCCAACCCAAAGACUCCUUUACAUCCCAUCAGGGACAGUAAUUCUACCGAUAAGGUUGCGUCGGUACCUUCUCGCAAAAGAAGUUCGGCUGAAUCUGCUUAUGAGGCAUUGUUUGAGAAGUGGGUAGCACCACCACUUCUGUUGGAGCAACAAACUGAUGACGAGGAAUGGCUCUUCGGAACAACAAGAAAACAAGAUGGACGAAGUAGUACCAUGGCCAACAACAAUGCUCUCAGUACUGUUUCCAGCUGUGGUAGAAGUUCAAAUCUGUGGCCGAGAGGACAAUAUCUUGUCGAUGCUGAUGUUUAUUCAUUGCCUUAUACGAUCCCAUUUUGAUUUUGGAUUCUUACUUUGCAGAGUUAUAUGUACAGUACGCCAGUGGGAAUAAUAGUCUUCCUAGGUGUUAUAAUCGGUUUUAGAAUCAAUAUAUUUGACAUUCAAUUUUGUUCUCUGGUGGGUGCCUAUUAUCCCCGUCGGAUUGGUUGAUUAUUGAACAAACAACGAACAUGUUGGAGAUAUGAUGUAAAUGUUCAGCGCUAAGUGAUAUCUUUUAUGACAGAGUAUAAUAGUAGCUUUUUCCUCGAA